AUGGGCCAACCAACUCGCCGUGAGUCAUAUUCCGGUCCCUUACCGACGACCGCGUUUCAUAAGGAUCGUCAUUAUCAUCAUCACCAUCACUAUCAUCAUAGUUAUCCUCAUGACCAGCGUCUAUUCGAGUUUACUGAUAAAGAGGAGGCUAAUAAAUUAGUCUCGCCUUUUGGCAAACUCGAACGCUUGAGUCUGGAUGAUAUUAGGGAAUCGGCCUAUGAAAUAUUUUUCACGGCUUGUCGAUCGUCUCCUGGGUUUGGCGGACGGAAUGCACAUUCAUUCCAUUCGAAUAAUAAUAAUCAGAAUGAGUCCAAGCCGAGCAACGUGGUGAUGUCGCCGACGAGUAGGGUGAAGAAGGCUUUAGGUUUGAAGAUGUUAAAAAGGUCACCGUCGAGGAGAAUGACGUCGGGUGGAAAUAGUGGAGGGUCGUCCUCGCCAAUUGGCGGAGGCAGCCCUUAUCAUCACUCCAUGUCGAUGUCGAGGCCGCGGAGGCCGAUGACAUCUGCAGAGAUCAUGAGACAACAGAUGAGAGUGACAGAGCACGAUGAUAAUCGCUUGAGAAAAAUUGUAACGAGGACCCUUGUUGGCCAAGUAGGAAGAAGGGCAGAAACAAUAAUUCUCCCAUUAGAACUUAUACGUCAUCUAAAACCAACAGAAUUCAGUGAUUCUCAUGAGCACCAUAUGUGGCAGAAGAGACAGCUCAAAGUCCUUGAACUAGGCCUUCUUAUACACCCUUCAAUACCAGUAGAAAAAAACAACACAUUCGCGACACGCCUGAGAGACAUCAUACGUAGUUGCGAGUUGAAGCCAUUAGACACCGGCAAAAACUCAGACACAAUGAGAACACUUUGUAACUCAGUUGUUUCAUUAGCAUGGAGAGGUCCAAAUGGAACACCAACUGAUAAUAGUCAUUGGGCUGAUGGUUUCCCUCUCAACAUUCACUUUUACAAUUCGCUUCUUCACGCUGUUUUCGAUAUUCGAGAUGAUACAUUAGUACUCGAUGAAGUUGAUGAAUUACUUGAGUUGAUUAAGAAGACAUGGUCUAUGUUGGGAAUAACUAAGCCAAUUCAUAAUGUGUGUUUCUCUUGGGUUUUGUUUCAACAAUAUGUAUUAACUGGUCAAGUUGAACCUGAUCUUCUUUGUGCUUCACAUGUUAUGUUGAGUGAAGUUGCUAAUGAUGCUAAGAAAGAAAAAGAAUCUUCAUAUCUUAAGUUGUUGACAUCAGUUUUGACUUCAAUGCAAAGUUGGGGUGAGAAGAGGAUGCUUAAUUAUCAUGAGUUUUUCCCUAGAGGAACUACUUGUCAAAUUGAAAGUUAUCUUCCUUUGGUUUUGUUGGCCUCGAAGAUUUUGGGUGAAAAUCUGGUGAUAUCUGAAGGGAAAGGAAGAGAGAAAGGAGACGUUACCAUUGUCGAUUCGUCUGGUGAUAGGGUUGAUUUUUAUAUUAGAUCUUCCAUGAAAAAUGCAUUUGACAAGGUGAUUGAGGUAGUGAAUGCAAAGUAUGCUGAGAUGCAAAUAAAAGGAGAACUAAGUGCAAUUCUGCUUCACCUAGCUCAAGAGACCGAAGAUUUGGCGAUAAAAGAAAGACAGAGUUUUAGUCCAAUGUUAAAGAAAUGGCACCCUGCAGCAGCUUCAGUUGCAGCCUUGAUGUUGCACAGUUGCUAUGGCCAUGUGCUAAGGCAAUAUCUAAGUGAUGUGACUUCACUCACUUGUGAGGCAGUUGAGGUACUUCAAAGAGCUGGAAAAUUAGAAAAAGUUUUUGUUCAAAUGGUUGUUGAAGAUUCUAUUGAGGGUGAUGAUAAUGGCAAAAUAGUUGUGAAAGAUAUGGUUCCUUAUGAAGUUGAUUCAGUUAUAUUGAACCUUUUGAGAAAAUGGAUAGAUGAAUCAUUGUAUAAAGGAAGGGAGUGUUUGCAAAGAGCAAAAGAAACUGAAACAUGGAAUCCAAAGUCUAAAUCAGAGCUAUAUGCACAGUCAGCAGCAGAGUUUAUGAAAUUGGCCAAGACAAGUGUGGAAGAAUUCUUUCAAAUUCCAAUAGGAAUAACUGAUGAGUUAGUUCAAGAACUUGCUGAUGGAUUGGAAGGUCUCAUCCAAGACUACAUGAUGUUUGUUGCAGCAUGUGGUUCAAAACAAAGCUAUAUUCCUGUACUUCCUUCAUUAACAAGAUGCAGCCGGGAUUCGAAGAUCCUCCAGCUGUGGAAGAAAGCAUCUCCUUGUGCUACAAACUUAUCAGAGCUAGAUCAUAUAACUGGAACAAAUGAGGGUCACAAUCCAAGACCAUCGACUAGCCGAGGCACGCAACGCCUAUACAUUCGUCUCAACACCUUACACUACCUUCUUGCUCACGUCCAUUCUCUCGAAAAAUUGCUAUCACAAAACCUCGGCCUAGUCCCUUCCACAAGACAUUGCUUCACUAACAACCUUAAAACACAAAGCAACAAAAGCGGUGCAUAUUUCGAAAUACUAAACUCCGAAAUUCAAGCAGCACUUCAACAUGUUUCCGAAGUAGCCGCGUACCGUCUCAUAUUCCUCGACUCAAACUCGGUCUUCUACGAGAGCCUCUACGUGGAAGAUGUUGCCAACUCGCGAAUUAGGCCUGCUUUAAGAAUCUUAAAACAGAAUCUCACAUUCAUGACAACACUAUUACUAGAUAGAGCUCAACCAAUGGCUAUGAAAGAAGUGAUGAGAGCCUCCUUCGAUGCAUUCCUAAUGGUUUUGCUUGCUGGUGGAAGUUCAAGAGUGUUUAACCGGUCGGAUCAGGCUAUGAUCCAAGAGGAUUUCGAGAGCUUGAACAGAGUUUUCUCCACUUGUGGUGAAGGAUUGGUGUCAGAAAAUGUUGUGGAGAGAGAGGCUGCAGUUGUGGAAGGUGUAAUAGGAUUGAUGGGACAAAAUACUGAACAAUUGAUGGAAGAUUUCAGCAUUGCAACAAGUGAAACAAGUGAGGUUGGAGUUAUGAGCAAUAAUGGACAGAAAUUUCCUUUGCCUCCUACAACUGGAAGGUGGCAUAGAUCAGAUCCUAACACAAUAUUGAGAGUUUUGUGCCAUAGAAAUGAUAGAGCUGCAAAUAAUUUCUUAAAGAGGACUUUCCAAUUACCAAAGAGGAGAUGA